AUGGCUACUAUCCGCUCCACUACUCUUCUCAACCUCCUCUUAAUCUCAUCUUUCUUUCUCAUACUCCUCCUCGGCCCUGCCUGCAAGGCUGACAACAUCUUGUAUCCCGGUAGAACUCUCGUUACUAACACCUAUCUGGAAUAUGGGAGCUAUAAAUUUAUAAUGCAACAAGAUUGCAAUCUGGUCUUAUAUGAUAAGGGAAUCCCCUAUUGGCAUUCCAACACCGCGGGCAGGGGAAUCAAUUUUUGCCAUUGCACCAUGCAAACUGAUGGGAAUCUUGUGAUAUUUGCUCCUAACGGUCGUGCUAUUUGGACUAGUAAGACUGCCAAAGGUCAAGGCUCCUAUGUUCUCAUCCUUCAAAGUGAUCGAAAUGUGGUGAUCUAUGGUGGGGCUAUUUGGGCCACUGAGACUAAUGGAACUGGGAGUGGUGCAAUUCCAGUGGUCAGUUGGGUCAGCUCUGAGGACACUAAUCAUACCGCUGUGGUUGAUGGAUCUGGUACCAAUAUAGAUAUGUGA